CGGGUUACAAACACAUCCUGGUUUUUAGAAUGAAUUGACGAACGAGUAACCACAUCUGCUGACUGUCUAAUGAUUCCAUUCCAUCUGAAACUACCAACAGGAGCUUACCGUGGAAUCAAAACCUCCAAAAUGCUGGAAAGAAAUAUCAUUAUACUCUUCGAGAGACUGGUUAUAAACUGCGUUUUCUUUUCAGUCCCAGGAUAUCGUAGUUAUCAAAACAUUUGGAAGACCAGUUUUGGAAAAUGUGAUGUGCUCUUGUGCCUAUUUGCAGGCCUGCUAUAAAUAGGGUGAAAGGGCUACGCAUGCUCAUGUUUGAUUGUAAAUUGCAGUGGCUUGAGCUGAAGCAAAGCGGGUCUCUUCUGAAGGACAAAAAGCUACUUUUGAGUGUUGCUCCCUGGUUUACAUCAGACAGGGAAAGAAGAUAAACACUUUGUAACAGGACAUCUGAGGAAUUUCUCCUGAAAACAAUAUCGGUGGUGGCCUGAACUUUUUACUGGGUGGAUAUGGGUUCCAGGAGGGUAGUGACACGCUCUUACUCAGGAGAUGGAAGAUCUGGUUUUAACAAUGGGGAUGAUGUCACUGGAAGUAGCAGAUCCAGUGGUCUCAGUUACCUCUCUGGUGUCAGACCAGAAAACAGCCAAUCACGUCACAGGUAUUCUCAAUACAGGCAAUCAAGGAGUACCUUCUGUAGUGUUAUGGCACAUUUAACGGAGGAGACCCAGCCAUCCUUUGAGUCAACCUUAAAAUCUAGAGCAGUGUCUGAGGCCAGUAAUGUGAAAUUCAUCUGUGUGGUGACAGGUAAUCCUGCUCCCGAAGUCACAUGGUAUAAAGAUGACGUACAACUGGACAGAUACUGUGGACUUCCUAAAUAUGAAGUCUCCCGCAAUGGACAGAAUCAUUCCUUGCACAUUUACAAUUGCACUUUGGAGGAUGCAGCCAUUUACCAAGCAUCAGCACGGAACAGCAAAGGUAUUGUGUCUUGCUCUGGGGUUCUGGAGGUGGGAACAAUGAGCGAAUACAAGAUCCACCAGCAGUACUUUGCCAAGCUCAAGCAGAAGGCUGAAAACAAGCGCAGGGACCUGGAGAACCCCAAGCUGUGGGAGAAGGAGCACCAUGGGCCUGGACGUCAAGAGCAGCUACGGACCAUCAGUCCUGACCGCUCCCAACGGAAACGGCGGUCCCCCAUGGAGGCCAGCCUCAGCACCCCUAGUUCCAUUGAAGAAGAGGGGGCUGAGGAGAACAUCUCUGUCCCAGACAGUGAGUCAGAGGUCAGGCUACAGGAGACGUCUACAGAAGGAAUAGAUAAUUCCAUACCGGUGACUAAUGGAACCGCAUCCUCUAUCUCUGGUGGACAGCCUGCAAAAGAAAAUGGCAGCAAUGGCCUCACAUACAUAUAUGAUUCAGUGCAAAAGACCUUCUCUGCACAACCACCAAAAGCACCAUUUGCCAAGAAGAAGAUAAAGAUCUCUAACGGAGUGGGGCAUGUGAAUUCUGAUAGCCAGGUAGAGAUAGUGCCUGACGACAGAGGCAUAAGUGAAGAGGCCAAUGUGUCAACGUACCAAAUCGAUUCUUCAUACUCACAGAGAACAGACGAUGAGGCAAUGGAAGUGGAAAGUUCUGCUCCAGAUGACAUACAAGAGAACAACAGCAGUGUGUCUGUGUUGCAGGAAAAGGUUCAAGUUGAAGGGACAGCCCCCUUAAACAAGGAUCCGUCUCUUGACCCUUUUACUGCUGUGUCUCCAUCAGUGAAGGAAAUCCGAGGAAAAAAUAGUGAAAAUGAUGUGGAAAAGGAGAACACUCCGAAUAUGGAAUCUAAGGAACCUAAGGUGGAACGUGAGGUAGAGUCUAAGGACAUUUUAAAGAAUGUGGGUGCAAAUUCACCCAUCUCGUCAGAACCAAAACCUAGAACUUCAGUCACACCCAUACAAGUUUUGAAUACGUCAGUAGUGGAGGUUAAAACAUGUCCAGAAGAUGGUUCAAUCAUGGAGGUAGAUGUGAAGUCAUUACACAAGCCCUUACAACUAAACCCCAUAAACAAGCCCUCAUCAUUGGAACCCACACACGAGUCCUCAUCAUUGGAACCAACACACAAGCCGUCAUCACUAAAACCCACACACAAGCCCUCACUACUAAAACCCACACACAAGCCCUCAGCAUUGGAACCCACACACAAGCCGUCAUCACUAAAACCCACACACAAGCCCUCACUACUAAAACCCACACACAAGCCCUCAGCAUUGGAACCCACACACAAGCCGUCAGCAUUAGAACCUAAACACAAGCCCUCACCACUAAAACCCAUAAACAAGCCCUCAGCAUUGGAACCCACACACAAGCCCUCACCACUAAAACCCAUAAACAAGCCCUCAUCAGUGGAACUUUCUGAAUUAGAGUCUAUACACAGCACUCUUGUAAAUAAAUCUAAAGUUACUGUGGAAGACCCAGCAACAGUUGGUGUUGGGGGUCUGUGUUCUGAUACUUCCAUUAAUGGAGCUGCAGCUAUCAUGGGCCCAGACUCUGUAGCGACCCCAUGUGACAGAGAGAAUGGAUUUCCCCAGCAUCCGUGUGAACAGUCAAGAGAUCAGCUGUCUGGGAAGGAAACGAGCAGCAGUCCAAAGAAUGCGUCUGUGUCUCUGCCUCCGCUGCGGGCUGAGGUUACACAGGCCCACACACAGACGGAGAGGAAUGAAGCACCUGUCAACCCAGAACCUUUAACCACCCGCAGUGAGCUGGAUGUACAAUUCCUGCCACAGCCUCCAUCGGAGAGAGAGGUCACGACAGAUGCCAACCAAACUCCCACUUUGCACAAUGCUAGCCGAACUUCCAAUGACGAAAUAGCGCAGAGCACAUGGGAUCAUUCCGGAGGAUCAAGAGAAAGUCAUACACUACCUUUUAAAGAAGCACUUAAGUCACCCCUUGAAAGCCUGGGGGAUAGUGAGAACUCCUUAGGGUGUAACAUUUCACCCACACUCCUGCCAGGCCAAGUUGAGAAAGCUAUAAAAACUGUUGGUGGGACAAAGAUACAAGAUGAAAAGAUCGUAGAGGGUACUGGUGGACUACGAGUGCAGAAAGACAAUUUUGCCUCUUUGGGGGAAAAGGCUGAAAACGAAACUGACGUUGAAAUGGAAAGAACUGUAAAUCAACUAGAAAACCAAAAUGGUAACAAUAGUGUAAUGGAUGUAGCAGGUGUAGAGAUGGAAAAGAAUGUAGCAGUAUUGAAGGCUAAGAAGUGUCCGGUUAUACAAAAAAAUAAUUGUCAACAUCUAAGCCUUGAGACCAUCCCCGACAGCACACAGCUAACAGAUACAAAUUCAAACCCUUCAGCACAAAAACCAAAUGACUCUAAAGACCUUCCAAAACCUGUAGCCAGUAUCAUGUCAGUUGCUGACCUUUUAAGGGCACAAUUGAAGGCAUUUUCCUCUACACUGAUUAGCUCAGCAACACCCAUACAAAACCCUGUUCACUGUUUUAAUGCAGAUCUUCAACCAACACUCCCCCAAUCAGCAGCAGUUCAGGAUAUUGAACCAAACCCAAUGAUAAGAAUGGAUGACACAGAAUUGAUUAAGAAUUCGGGAAAACCUAAGAUUGGGAAGGAGACCAACAAUUGUUUUCUUUCUGCUGGUUCUGAUGUCCCGUCAGGCCUUGAGGAACAUAGACGUGAUACUGAAACUAAGCUAGUGCAGUCCACCAGCAUUGUCAGUCCCACAAUUGAGACCUCAACCACUGAGUUUGAUAUUCCUUCUAUUUCUAUUAGAGACAAACGCAACACUUUUGAAAACAGAAAUCCCAAUAUGGCAAAGGAAAAUGAUUGUGUUAUGGAUACAGGACAGGAUGCACCUUUGGAGAAUAAACCUAAUGUGUGUCUAAUUGGGCCUGAAAGUAUACAAAUAGACUCUGCUUUACUCACUCAAAAUCCUAAAUUGGCCAGUGGCGUUACCCUAAUAUCAGUUCCGCCGCUCGAUAUUUUCCAAGAGCACAAGCAAGUCCAAGAAAAUACCACAGACGAAAUUGAUUCUUUACAGUCUGUACUGCCAAAGGUCAGCAUUCAACACCAUCAGGUUUCUUGUCCUUCAGUUCUCAGUUCACUUUCUUGUGACACUGAAAAACUUUCAUAUACAAAGAAGCCAGAAUGUCUAAUAAAUACGACCCCAAUAGUGCCACCUUUCAGUGAUAACUGCUUAAAAAACACUCAGCCAGAUACAGCAAUGUUUGUAGACCAACUAGAGGGACAUCAACAUGAUAUGCCACAACUCAGUUCACAGACAAUGCAAAGACUGGACUCUCAUGUGCCUGCUUUAGGUCCUGAGACACAGGAGCCAAAAGUUCCCACAAUUAAUCUGCCUUGCUCCAAAACCAAAGAUAUCAAGUUAGAGGAUACCAAGAUGGACUAUUUGGUUUCUGUUUCAAAUAUCGAAGAAAACUCUUUGUUUCGAAAAGGAGAUAUUGCCUCUCCCCUUCCCUCAGCCACGCCACAGGAACUGGCCUCUGGGGCUCGCCGCAAAAUUUUCAUCCCCAAAUCUAAAGGGGACGAUGCAGACACUACACCACCACCUGACAGCCAAAGUCCAAGAGAAGAGGUUCCUAGGAGGACCAGCAGGCUGUCCCCUGAGACCCCUUCCUUGUCCCCUAGUUUCUCCCGCAAGUCACCCCUGCUCCAGCCUCCGAGCGGUCAGGCCAACCCCUUCCCUGCAGAGAAACGCUCCCCUCUGCCCAGCAGGAGAAAAGUAGCUUCUGAUGCCCCCAAACAGAUGCAGGAGCCUGCUCAGACCGACACUGCCAAACCUGAGGAGAAACCAGCUGAGAAAGACAAGCACAACCCAUUUAAAGCUCCUCAGGUUAUCCGUAAGAUUAGGGGGGAACCUUUCUCAGAUGCUUCAGGACAUCUGAAACUGUGGUGCCAGUUCUUCAACGUGCUCAGCGACUCUACUAUCAAGUGGUACAGAGAUGAUGUGCAGAUUGCUGAGGUUAAAAGAAGUGCAGGAGAUGAGACUUUAGUAGCAUUAGCCAUUGUCCAGACUUCAAGCAGAGACUGUGGCGUUUAUGGAUGCACAAUCAACAAUGAAUACGGAACAGACUCAACAGACUUCCUUCUUAGUAUUGAUAUUCUCGCCGGCAUGUUUUUGCGUGAGGAUCUAGAGGUGGGAGAGGAGAUUGAGAUGACACCUAUGCUAUUCAACAAGGGACUGGUGGACUCCGGGCUCUGGGGUAGCAAGUUCUUUGGGCGAAUCAUGAUGACCGAAAAUCAUAUUGGUGAGGGCUGCUCCCAUAAGACCUGUAGGGCAAAGGUCAUCUAUGGCCUAGAGCCUGUGUUUGAGUCAGGGACCACCUGUAUUAUCAAAGUGCGCAACCCGAUUGCCUAUGGAGCCAAGGAGGAGGGCAACCUGAUAGAAAGGAACUUGGCGAACACCCAGUUGGAAUGUAGGAUUCACAACAUUGCUCGGGAAUACUGCAAAAUCUUUGCUGCAGAAACCAGAGUAAUAGAAAACUUUGGGCCAGCACUGGAAGUGAUUCCACUCUACUUGAUGUACCGGCCUGCAAACACCAUUCCUCAUGCCACAGUGGAGGCCGAUCUGACGGGGGUCUAUUUGAAGUACUGCUUUCAAGAUGCUACAGGCAGGCUCAUCAUGAGGGCAGGUUCAGAGGUAGAACAGAAGUGCUGUGCUCUCCAACACUGGGUCCACCAAUGGACCAAUGGCAACCUACUGCUCACUCAUCUGGAAGGUGUUGACACCAAGAUCACCAACAUUGGAAUUUCCAUCCAAACAAAAGGGUAUCAAGGUCUCACUGCUAUGGGGAAUCCCAAGGUUUUUGAACAGUUUGUUUCUCAGCAUCAGUGUAACUACUACUGCGGCCUUCUCAGCCUGAGAGCCCUAAAGGCUGUGGAAUUGCUGCAGACACCCAUCAAACCAAAGGGCUCCAGGAGUCCCAUGCUCCACCGCAAAAUGACACCUGGCUCCUCCAGUCCCCUGACACCCAGAAAAACCACAGCCAGUCCCAGAGUGUCUAGAAAGUCAGAAUCUGAAGACACCAAGGCCAACACCAAAUUCAAGGCUGAAGAGACUACCAAAGUUGUCGGGUAGAGUUAUUUUAUUGUCAAAGGCUUGAUUAAAUUAAAUUGAUGACGGUUACUUCAUGCGUAAGCCUGGGCGAUUCUAGGAGCUAACCUGAGACCAAAGGCAGGUGACCCUGCUCCCAAGCUCUGACUGAAAUAUGCAGAGUCCUGGAUUCUCAGAGAUAUCGGAAGAUGGAAGCUUUAGAACAAUGUUACAUUUCAAAGACAAUGGGUUUAAACAUGAUGAUGAUGAUGAUAAUGAUCUUUAUCACCAUCCAAAUGUAACCUGUUGAUGCAAUCAUUUCAUUGCAUAGAUUCCCAAACAGAUUGUCUGUACUCUAUAAAAGUUUUAUAUUGUACCGUAUAGCAAUUAUCAUUUUAUAUCACGAAGUGUGCAUCCCAGCUUUGUCUCAGGUUUCCAAAGGUACAUCAGGUUGGUGUUAUUUGUACUGUUUUUAAUUGAUCUAGUGGGCUGAUUUAUAUAGAUUUAUGAGGAGCUCUUUUUUUUAUUCAAAGGGGUAGCAUUGGGAUCAGAGCGAACAAUCUUUAAAAGAAAAAGUAGCUUGGACUCUGGAUUCUGUAAAAGUAACAAUAGUAUGUAAGCUAUAGCUCAUCUCAGAGUCAUAUUUCAUGUAGACCUAUUCCAUGACACUGUUAUACAGUGGAAAAUGACUGUGCUUUUUAUACUGUAACUAUUCUAACUGGUCAUGUUACAGUGUUUUCCAUUUUUAGAGUCUUGUUGAAUAACACGCUGUCAAAAUAAAAUACAUCACAUUUAA